UGGACUGGCUCCAGCAGCUCUGCAUCUUUCAUGUGCUGAGGCCCUUCAGCCUUCUGGGCCUCUCCUUCUCCAGCCUCACAGCUGGAAGAGCAGCCCUGCCCUUCCUCAGGGAGCGUCUGGGAAGAGGAGGAGGGGAAGGAGUGCCCUGAGCCGUUCACAGAGCAGCCAACCAGGCACUUGCAGCUGCUCAGCUGUGCCCGGAGGAGUCGAGCUCUUUAUCCACAGGGAUCUGCAGCAGCAUUUGCCACGGAGCCCAGGGCUCCAGUGGAGCACCCUCCAUCCCUGCUGGCUCCCAGCUUUGUGUUGGAUGGCCUGCAAAGCUCAGGGGUGGGAGGGGACAGAUGGGGGUCACUCACUGCUGUGUGCCAGUGGCCAGUGAGCUCAGCUCUGGUCGCGCUGUGCCUGGUUUGUGGGGACUUCAUUAAGAGUGGAUGCAAUUAGGGCUGGGGGGGCAGGGAGUGGGGCUGGGCUGGCAGCCACAGACUGCUCCUCAGUGGAGCAGAGCAAAGUGGUCCUGGAGGAGAGUUGGAGCCUUUUGCAGCCCCAGAGGAGAGCGGGAGCCUUUGGCUGGACGAUGAUGCCAGGACCUGCAGCCGGAGCCCAGCUGGGCUGUGCCCAGGGCCGCACGGUGCUGCAGCUCCAUCUCACAGCCCCACAGCCAGCCAUGGGCAGCUCUGCCUGCUGAAUCACGUUCCUCCUGCAGGGGAAGCAGGACUUUCCAGAACAGGGAGAGCAGGAGCCCUGGGAUCACCCCUGCCCCAGCCCAGGCACUGGGGAGCCCUCCCAUGGGACAAGGUGGGGAGGGGGUGGCUGUGUCCCCUGCCUUGGGGAGGUCCAGCUCCCCUGUCCCUCCAGGAGUGCAUCCAGGGCUGUUCCUCAGGUUCAGCUGGUGGCUCAGAGGUGUCAGUGGACCUGCAGGAUCCAAACAGCUUUUCCCUUCCUUUCCAUCUUGGCAUCUUUUUUUCCUUGUACCUCCUUAAAUUCCUCUGGAGUGAAUCCAGCUUCUCACCUGCUCAGUGGCCCUGAUGGUGCCCCCAUGGCUGCCUGUCCCAGCCCUCUGGAGCAGGCCUGCAGGACCCAUCCUGCUGAUCCCCAGCCCCUGAGGGUCAGAACAGUGCCAGGAGCAAGGAUAAGCCAGCACUGAGCCAUGAGCCCCCAUCUGCCUUGGAGGCUGGAGGGACUUCUCUGUCCCAGGCUGUCCAUGCUGCAGGUGCAGGUGCAGAGGGACCCUCAGGUUCCUGCUGGUCCAUCAUGUUCCCGUCCUGGGUGAGCAGAGGGUCACCAUGAGGCCUCGGUGGCAUUGUGUCAUUUUUCGCCCUUCUCCUUGCCCUGCAGGCUGCAAAAUCAAAGCCCUGCGUGCCAAGACCAACACGUACAUCAAGACACCGGUGAGGGGCGAGGAGCCCGUGUUCAUCGUCACUGGCAGGAAGGAGGACGUGGAGAUGGCCAAGCGGGAGAUUCUCUCAGCCGCCGAGCACUUCUCCAUGAUCCGGGCCACGCGCAACAAAGUCAACGGGCUGACGGGGGCCAUGCAGGGGCCCCCCAACCUGCCAGGCCAGACCACCAUCCAGGUGAGGGUCCCCUACCGCGUGGUGGGGCUGGUGGUGGGACCCAAGGGAGCCACCAUCAAGCGCAUCCAGCAGCAGACGCACACGUACAUCGUGACGCCCAGCCGCGACAAGGAGCCGGUGUUCGAGGUGACGGGCAUGCCCGAGAACGUGGACCGGGCGCGGGAGGAGAUCGAGGCGCACAUCACCAUGCGGACAGGCUCCUUCAUCGACGUCAACGCCGACAAC